CUCCUUACGACCGAAGUCAACGCCCGCCCAAAUGUAUCCAUCUUAAGAAGCGGCAGCACAAAGCUAUUCCUCUCUGUUUCUCUUCCUUCAUCACCAACGCCGCUCACACACCAUGUCAUCUUCGAAGAUCGACUUUGCUCACGGUCAGACUGACCCUGCCUGGUCGGGCAGUGAGCCUCUCGGUCUCAAGCUCGAGUCCUUUGUGCCUACUCGUCUCCAUCACCCUCCUCCUGGUACCGUCCCUGAGGACACUCUGCCAGAUGGAGUGCAGAGGCCCAAGCUCUUCGAACACCUCGACUUGCCUCACUCCAAGCUCAGGCUCAAGAAUCGGGCCGUCGUCUCCCCCAUGUGCCAAUACUCGGCCAAUAAUGGCCACCUCACUCCCUAUCACCUCGCUCACCUAGGCUCCUUUGCCCUGCACGGCGCGGGCACAAUCAUGGUCGAGGCGUCCGGCGUCACAGCCGCAGGGCGCAUCACCCCUCAAGACGCCGGCAUCUAUACGGACGAGCACAUUGCCUCACACGCCAGCAUCGUCAGCAGCCUCAAGACAUUCACUGAGGGACUGACUGUUGGUCUCCAGCUGGCACAUGCAGGUAGGAAGGCGAGCACUUGGAGUCCCUUCUACCGUGGAGAGCAUAAGCAUGCCGAGUAUGUCACGAAAGAGGAGGGUGGGUGGCCCGAUGAGGUCGUUGGACCUUCUGCUCUGGCAUACGGCGAAGGUUGGCUCAAGGCAAAGGAGCUGAGCAAUCAGGAAGUUAAGGAUGUCGUCAAGCAAUUCGUCGAGGGGGCCAGGAGGGCCUUCAAGGCUGGGUAUGACUUUGUCGAGAUCCACUCGGCCCAUGGGUACUUGCUCCACUCCUUCCUCUCGCCGCUUUCAAACCAUCGUACGGACGAGUACGGCGGCUCGUUCGAGAACCGUACCCGACUCCUCCACGAGAUCAUCAGCGCCAUCAAUUCUGAGUUCCCCAACAAGUCAAUUUGGGUUCGUGUCAGCGGCACAGACUUCGCCGAGAACGCUGGCAAGGGUGAGAGCUGGACGCUCGAAGAGACGAAGAAAUUGGCCUCUUCUCUCGCCAAGACUGGCAUGGUCGACGUCCUAGACUGCUCAGCCGGCGGUCUCGUCUCCUUCCAGCAGAUUAAGCCUGCUCCAGGCUAUCAGCGUCACUUGGCAGCUGGCGUCUCGAAGCUCGGCAUCCCAAAGAGCGAGCUGACGGUCAUGAGCGUCGGCAUGCUGGAGGGGGCAACGCCCGAGCAGCCGGGUAGCUUGGCUGAGGAGGUCCUCCAGAGCGGGGAUGCCGACCUCAUUGCGCUCGCAAGAGGCUUCCUCGGCAACCCUGCCUGGGUCACCUUUGCGGGCGCCAACCUGAUGGGGGUCAAGCCUGCGGGCAGCCCGCAGUAUCAUCGUUCUCACCCGCACAAGAAGAGCGAGGAUCCUCACAGGCCGAUUCCUAGGGCGCAGAACAACAAUUGAGCGUGGCUUAGAGCGCCUUGACGCUCCUCUGUGAUAGAGCAUAGAUAGAAACGCUUGACUUGUUCGCAAUACAUGCUCGUAGUCUAAGACGAAAAAUGAUGAGUUGCCCUCUUCAAUCUCGCUGGAAGAUUGGCCGGUCGCACGGGCCGUGGGAAC